AUGGCUUUGGAACUAUAUGUGUUUGUAGACAGAUAUGGGACGAAUAAGGGCUGGAAACUUGAUGAAGCUAUUGCUGCUGCUAAAGCUGAUCCAGACCUGAAGGAUGUACAGAUGUAUAAUCGACUCAAGGAGGAACACCUGGACCGUGCAAUCGAAGCAUAUAACCAAGAGAAGUCAGACAGACAGACUUCACAAGCGGACACGUGGGAAUCCUAUUGA